AUCAGACUGGAGGAAAGGAAGUACCGUCACAGCACUGGCGGGUAAAAAGCGAGGCAGUUUGUCAACAUUGUGGAAAUUAUGUAUGUACAAUGGUGUAAAACUGUUGGAGGUCCUGUAGUGUUUCAAAGAUGAUUGUUUUUAUGUGUUAUUUUUCAGUGUUGGCAGGUGAUGGUGUAAGCGCUCUGCAGCCAUGACUUCCCUGUUUACAUGUGAGGACCCAGCCACCUGGAAGAGAGUGUAUGAGAGGUACUGGGAUGUAGUUGAGGCCAAAACAAAAGGCAAGAAAUCUGGAAAGCUGCUGACCCAUGAUAAAUGGUAAAAUCCUACAGCUACAAAAUCACACACAGUCUCACAGGAUAUCAGUGACAUUUCACACUGUGAAGAUCUGAUGGUCUGCAUUGUAAGGGAGAGUGGGGUAAGAUGAGCCAUUUUUUAUAUUUAGGAUCACUACAUCAAGGCAAUCAUAGUUUUGUCUCUAACUAGUAAAUCUUCACAUAUUUCAAGAUGUUGUGCAUCCCUGCAAACCAACAGAAUGAGUGGAAACAUAACUGUCUUGAAAGUAUAGCAUGCCAAAAAAAGUAGUCUCUUAUGGUCAACUUACCCCGUGUAUGGGGUAAGUUGACCAUAGGAACGGGGUAAGUUGAGCCACAUCACUACUAACCCCCCACACUCUCCACCCCAGCCCUCCCUCACCUUCUCCCCCCCUAAAUAACAGUCACUUCUUCACAUUCAUGUGUAUUUUUAUCUAUUAUACACUAUUCAACUGGUACAAUCAUUCUUUUUAUUAUUAUUGCAUAUAACUGCUAAAAAGCUGUUUUGUAAAAAGCCAUUUUAACAUGAGAAUGCCUUUAAGUGGUUCAGAACAUUCACAGCUGUAUUUUUGAAAAGGAAAAGGAAAAAAUUUCAACAAUCUGAACUGAAACUCUGAUCCUCUCAUCAGACUCCUUUACUUUCUCUGUUGAGCCACUGACUCAACUUACCCAGAACUACUAUUAUGACUUUAAUAGUCCUCUAAGCUAAAAUGGUGGACUUUUAUGCUAAGUUUUUGACCUCACGUUGUAGCUCAUAGAUACCACAACUGAUUUAAAACACAUUUAAAAUGAUCUUUUUUGGUCUGAACACAAUUCUAAUAAAACUUAUGACAAACUCAAUUCACUUUCAAGAGUGAAAAAUGUUUUUUUGUAAAUAAAUGUCUAUCCCCUUCACCCAUGUGCUUCUAACUUUCACAGACUCAAUGAAUUGAUGCUCAUCUCCUAAAUAUUUGGUCACAUCAAUUUCUUUGACCAUUUCCAAGCAACAGGGGGUGGCUCAACUUACCCUUUGGCUCAACUUACCCCACUCUUCCCUAUUAUAUUUUUGGGCAGGUGUCCCUAUGAAAUGUAACAAGGAAAGGAGUUUAUUCAGUCUUAUUCUCAGUAUUAUGUUAAGGUUAUCUUAUCCUAAUAUGCAUGUAUCUGUUCAGGUAUCAAGAGGAGCUGCCUAAACUCAUUUCAAGUCGACCUACUAAACAUGUGACUCAUUCAGAGCUGGUGAAACUGAUGGAGUGGAAACUCACAGUAAGUUGUUUCAGACACCAGAUAAUAAUAAUAUCAAGAAACUGUAACACAUUCACACCAAAGUUGAAACACACCUAAAAUUAAGUCAAGCUAUGAUGAUCUCCCUGUCCUUGACUGGCUCGUAUGUGUGCCUUUUCUCUGCAGAGGGGGAAGUUUAGGCCACGGCUGCAGCAGCUUGUUGCUUCUAACAGUGAGGACACUGUGGAGAAAUGCUCCAGAAAGGCCUUUAGUCUCCUUCCUGAUGUGCAGGCAGCAAUUGCAGAGCUCAGCACCCUGAAAGGAGUCGGCCCAGCAACGGCUUCAGGUGCGCUUAGUGUGUCUAUCCUUUUUCUUUCAGCAUAAAAGCAUUAGAGUUUAUACUGAUAAAACAUCCAUCUGAUCAUUUUAAAGUUCAAAAUGAUUGCCUUCUUUGCAAGUGUACAACAUGUUGGUGGACUUCCAGAUUAGUAUGUAGGUUUUCCAUACUUACAUACACUUCAUCUUGGGCUUUACUGUCUGUCUUGUUUCAGCUGUGUUGGCGGCAGGAGCUCCAGAUCAAACAGCAUUUAUGUCUGAUGAGGCAAUGGAGAGUGUGCCAGGACUGAAACCCAUCCAGUACACAGCCAAACACUAUGCUCUUUUCUUGGAGAGAAUAGUGGAGCAGACUGAAAAAUUGAACAAAGGUGAGGUUAUGAUCAGACUGUGAGAGUUGUAUGGCAUACAGAGUUCUGAGACAGUGUGGGACAGCAAAAACAGCAGACUGAGGAUGGAGACUGGAGGAUUUCAUGUUUAAGUUAGAUAACAAAAUGUGUUAAAGGUAAUGUGUGUUCUCACCCUGUAAUAAUAGGAAAAUGAGAUUAAACAAUAAUUGAAUUGUAUAUUUGGCAUGAACUAGGAUAGCUUUAAAAGUCAGUUUCGGGUUGUCAAUCAAAAGUUUUUUGUACAUUAGGUAAAAAACUGCCAGUCUGACUCUGAUCGAUGGUCCUCUUACUCUUCUUCUCCUCAGUGGACUCUCAGCAGGACUGGACACCACACAAGCUGGAGCUGUGUUUGUGGGCAAUGACCAUAGCUGAGCAGCUGCAGCUUCAACUUCUGAAGGAUGUUGAUGUGAAGUUCUCUGACACUGAUGCUGACCAAAGACCAGCAAAAAAGCUCAAAACAAGAUAAAAAUAAAAUACAUUUACUUCAAUAUUGAAGUUGCUUCAAUAUUCAUGUUUUCUUUUUGUAUUUUUGCAAAAUAAUAAAGCAUUUGUUUCUAUUAUAGAA